AUGAUCUUCAGCACCAGGGACAGUUCCCCAGACUCAGGCUGGGUGAGGAUUGGACGAUGCACAGAUGAUCACAACUUCGUGACAAAGACUGCUCGUGUUGGGGAAGAUGUGACUCUAUCAUGCAUGCGUUUGAACAAUUUGACAAGAGCAUAUUUAUUUUGGAUCAGACUUGAUGCUAAAAACUUUCCUGAAGUCUUAGGAGGAACAUUCAGCUUUGAUAGUGAUCGUGUUACUAAAACUCGUGGAAUUACAGCAAAACAAGAGCCUGGAAAAUUUGUUCUACAUAUUACAAAAACCGAACUAAGUGAUACUGCAGUUUACUACUGUAUAAAAGUAGAACAAUUAAGAAUGGAUUUUUUGAAAGGAACUUUUCUGAGAAUCACAGACUCAGAACCAGACAUCACUGUUGUCACUCAAGUCUUUCCGUCUGAGCCAGUCUAUGAAGGAGACCCUGUGACUCUCCAGUGUUCACUCCUCUCUGACUCGGAGAACAAAGCCUGUCCAGCAGAACACAGUGUGUUCUGGUUCAGAGCCGGAUCAGAUGAGUCUCAUCCCAGGAUCAUUUACACUCAUGGAAACAGGAGUGAUGGAUGUGAGAAGAGUCCUGAGGCUGGCUCUCCUCCACAGAGCUGUGUCUACAACUUCUCCAAGAACAGCGGCAGCUCCUCUGAUGCUGGGACUUACUACUGUGCUGUGGCCACAUGUGGGGAGAUCCUGUUUGGAAAUGGAGCUAAACUGGACAUCAAAGCCAACUGGGAUAACUAUAUGGCCCAGCAUAUACUUCUGUUAGUGCUGUCUACUGCAUUGGCCAUAUGUCUGAUUGUUAUCAUCUUCCUCAUCUACACCAUCAAGACAAAAACACCCAGUUGCUCCAAUCACAUGAGGCCACAAGGCAUCAGAGGGCGUGUCCUGGCCUUCCCAGACCUGUAG